CUGAUAGAGAUCCAGUCAGUUUAGUAAACUCUUGGAGAUACUUGAUUAAAUGUAGUUGCACCCAUAUAAAGGAUGGCAUCCAAGGUCUCAGGACGUCUUUGUUUCUUGGUGAUUUCACUGACCAUUGUACUUGCAGUGCUAUCAUGGGAUUAUUGGCUGGAGAGCAUCAGCUCGAGUACUUUCUCAGGAAAUCCCACAGAAAAGGACGUGUUAAAAGGUUCCAUUUCACCGACAAAGGCCGCGACUCCUAUGCCGCUCCUCUCAAGAAGUUUCUUCAAAAGGCUUCCUCACUUUGAUUUCGAGGAGGUUUAUGACAUGGACGCUAAGAGCAAACAGACGACAUGUGCUCAGUCUCUGCGCAACUCUGAGGACCAGGACUUUAAGAAGGCUUUCCUUCCCAACAUAGGAUUGUUUCUGCACAAAGACAGUAUUAACAUGAGCAAGUGGAACCAACUCUCACAUUUUAACAAUCCAUUUGGUUUCAUGGAAUUUCACCACGAUGAUGUGAUGCCUGCAGUGAAGUUGAUCCCAAAGCCUAUAGAACCUCUUCUCUCCCCAAAGCCAGGAAGUGGUGGCUGUGUGCGCUGUGCAGUGGUGGGCGGUGCAGGGAUCCUCAAUGGCUCUAAAAUGGGGAAAGAGAUUGAUUCACAUGAUUAUGUUUUUCGGAUGAACGGUGCAGUCAUCAAAGGGUAUGAAGAGGACGUAGGGAACAGAACGUCGGUGUACGUUCACACAGCUCACUCCAUCACUACGUCACUGACAGUCUUCAAGCAGUACGGCUACACAUCGGUCCCUGCUGAUGAGGAUAUAAAAUUUGUGCUGAUUCCUGAAGGAAUGAGGGAUUUCAUUUGGCUCAAGGCUCUUAUCAAACGAGAAAAAUUUAACAAAAAAGUAAACGAGGAGUUGUAUGCUGGGAAGUAUAAUGAGAGCCGCUUCUAUGUGCUGCACCAGGACUUUCUCAGAUAUGUGCGAAACAGGUUCUUGAUGUCUGCUCAUUCGAAAGACUCACUCUGGUCCAUUGUCAGUCCAAGCGCUGGGGCAUUCACUCUCUUCCUGGCCCUGCACACUUGUGACACAGUCAGUGCAUAUGGAUUUAUGACUGAGAACUACAAGAACUUCUCCAACUACUAUGUACAAAGAAAUAUUAAAACCAGGGUUGCUUUCUUUGCCAACCACGACUAUAUUCAGGAAAUGAAACUCUGGAAAAAACUGCACCAGAGCAAAAUAAUAAGGCUGUAUGAAAGAGUGUGA